UUUCAGUAAUGACAACUCAUAAGCAACAAAUUCAAGAUGUUUACAACUGCCUGGGUACGGUUUCCCAUUUGCUAAAAGAAAGCCAUACCGGAGAAGAAAUAGACGAUUUUGAAGACAACUUUUACUCUCAACAAAUGCAAAAGGCUUCAGCAAAUGGAAGUAUGUUUCCAAAUACUCUUCACCAAGUGAGCAAUUUUCUUGAAAAGCUAUCUGUACAAGCAUACAACGUUCAACCAUUACUGUCUUCUGCAAAAUAUGAAAUUCUAAGUAAUGUCAGAAAUCUGAAAUCUGAAAGUGAUGGAAAAAUCAAUAGGUAUGAACAUGAAAGUGCAUUAGGGCUUAAGAAGUUGUUCAACAGUCCGAUUUCGAGCUCCACAGUAAAUCACGAUCAACCCGCAGAGCAACCAAGUGACAAGUCUACUGAUGACUCAACUGGAUAUCCGCCAUGGGCUAUCGAAGCGUUCAACAGCGAGUCUAACAUAAAAAAUGUGGGACCACCAAAUUUUCCAAUGGGGCAACUCGGUGAAAUUCUGAUUGGUGCGGACCCGGUCAUCUCACCAAGAAGACAGUUUCCCCCGCCCCACUACUUGGAGCAACUUCAACGAGAUCAUCCGCCGUUGUUUCAUCUAAACGCAUUUGACUCUCCGCCUCCAAGCCCAGGAAAUGAACUAGAAGACUAUGAUUUUAACAUGCAGAUAGACUUAAAUGGAGUCAUUCCAGCUGAUGUUCAACUGCUAGACGAAUUUCAGCAAGAGAACGACAAAACUGAGUCGAACAAUACAAUCUGUCAACUGGACCUAUGCUCAUCUUUCCAAUACCUGCUGAAGACUACAACCGAAAAUGCUCAAGACAAGCAAAACGUGCUGAAAGAAAUUCUUCAUCAUUCAGACUUGGUACUUCAUCAUGCGGCAGAUCAAUGCCCAUUUGUUUUGAAAGAGGACAUGAUUGAACUCUCUACAUGCAUCGGUCUUAUUUAUGAAUCUCUUGAAAGAAACACGGAUUUCGAGUCAUACUUGAAAGUUAGAAGCGUUGUCCAAUAUCUUGUAUCUAAAGUGAGAUCGGCUUUGAAGAAGUAUAUCUAAAUCGGAUUCCUGAUUGAGCAGUUAUCAUUUAAAUUUUUUCUUCUUUUUUCUUAUCUUUUGGUGGUUCCUAUUAUUUUUCCCAUUUUCUCUUCAAACAUGAUGAUUUUAAUUGUUUACUUUUUUAUUAGUUUCCAACUUCACGCUGUAAUCAUUGCUUCAAUCAUCAAUUCAGAUUUUCAGAACACUAUUGUAUUAAAAAUCGAUGAUUUUUAAAAGUUUCAGCAUUAUAUUUUGAUGAUCCUAAGUUCCUUAAACUUUCAAUAUGUAACACCGAUUGUUUUUUAUAAUAUCUUUUCUGUUUCCAAUUCAAUUCAAUUAUGUUCUUCUGUUUUUUUUCUUAAAGUUUAUUCAUAUUCUUUGAAAACCAUCUUAUCGGCUCUUCCACAACUCUGUUUAAUGUUCCCCGUUAAUUCUGCCCGCCAGGCUCAAAACCAUGUAGUUGUAUUCUUACCAAUUUAUAUGACUUCUGAAGUUUUACCCAUCCAUUUUCUUUCAAAUAUAUUAAAUCUUAUGUGUUUUGUUGCUCUCUUUCAAUAAAUUACGCAUCCAAACAA